AUCCACUGUUGUCACAUUUAAACAUGUCCCCCGCUGAGGAGCGGUGUUUGCCAGUUCGCUGACUGAGUCCUAAUGCCGCUGAUGUGUCGGUCGAGUGUGCAAAGAGAAGCUUACAAACACAUACAUGGCAAGGACAGCAUUUGCCGCAUUGUAAUCGCCACCGAUUCCGACCAACAACGCGAAAUUUCGUCAGCCGAAGCGAUUUUAUGCCACAAGCUAGCAGCAAAGAUCAAGCUAUUGCCUUUCCAAUCCAGCUAGUGGACAGGUUAGCCGGGUAGCUGAUGCUAGGUAGCAGGGCUAUAAUUAGUGACCCGUGUGUCAUCGGCAGGAAAUUCGUGAGGCGAUCAGUAUUGACAGCCCAACCCGAGAGGUUUUUCUGUUUCCUAUGAGCUCACAGCGCUAGUUGUUUAUACCAAAAUGUCUACGAGUUCGUUGGAUAAAGAAUUGCAGGAGCGACUGAGAGAGGCGUCUGCCAUUGGGGACAUCGACGAAGUGCGGACACUGGUGGAGAGCGGUGUAAAUGUUAACUCACAGAACGAGAUUAAUGGAUGGACAUGUCUACACUGGGCAUGUAAGAGGAACCAUAAGCACAUAGUGUCCUACUUGCUCAGUUGUGGAGCUGACAAAGAAAUCCUCACGGCUAAGGAUGAGCUGGCUUCACAACUCACAUCCAAACCAGAGAUCAAACGACUGUUAGGAGUUGAGGUGGAGGAAGUGCCUGAAGUCAAAGAGCCCCAAUUGCCAAUCAUUCCCAACUACCUGUCUAACCCACCCUUCAUCUACUCCAAGAUGAACAACAAGUCUGAGGUCUUAGCACAGCAAGUUACACAGAAUGGUUCUGGAGAACAUGUGGAGGACAUACAGAGUGAUUCAGGCUCUGCUUCUCCAACCCAUGAGCCUCAGAUAUCACAGAGCCUAGUCUCUGACUGUCCCACACUCCCCACAAACACUGCUCCUCUCAGCCAAGCCCCGACUGGGGACUUCAUUCCUGUGACUGAGCAAAACGGCAUGUCACCCACUUCAGCCUCGCCCCACAACCAUGCUGUUGUUAACUGCACAGUGCCCAUGGACCUAUCAGUUGAACCACACCUUGUCAACCAUGCUGACUACCCACAUACAGUGGCACACAAUGGCACCAUUUGCUCACCUCCACUGGCCUCACCCAGCUUGGCCAGCAACAGUGGGAACCAGGUCCCAGCUCCAGUGGCCAACACUAAUCCAACCAUGAGCAGACAGCAGUCGAUUCCACAACAACUGAGCUACAGCCAGGCCAGUGGGACCAUGCCAGCCUUCCAGCCUUUCUUCUUCACCAGCACCUUCCCUGUCAAUGUGCAAGAGUUGGUGCUCAAGGUGCGUAUCCAGAACCCAAAUGCACGGGAGAACGACUUCAUUGAGAUAGAGCUGGACCGCCAGGAGCUCACCUACCGCUCCCUUCUGAGGGUCUGUUGUCGUGAGUUGGAUAUCAGUGCUGAGCAUGUGGAGAAGAUCCGCAAGCUGCCAAACACAAUGUUAAGAAAGGACAAAGACGUGGCUCGGCUGCAGGACUUUCAGGAGCUCGAGGUUGUGUUGGAGAAAGCAGAAGGCCUUUCUCUUUUCUCUGGGACCGGGGGCUUAACAGACAGACCCUGCUACAACAUGAAGGCCUCCCGCCUCACCUACUAGAGCUAGCAUCAAGCUUGAGGUCUCUCUGUGUUACAUGGGCUUCAGUAGCCACCCUCCAGCAACCAUUAACUAGUUGCCUGCCCAAAUCCCUUGUUACAGCUUUGUUUGGAUUUGGUGUUUCGCCAAUUUUCUCAUUGGGGUUUCUUUUUUCCCCCACGUUCUGUAGCUAUUGUACUGUCCUCCUCUGGCCCUCCUGCUGCUUAGUGUACCCAACCAGUUGUAAGCGGUUACUGAUGCAUGGUAUACUCUGUUUUGUGAGAAAGUAUUUGGGUCCCUCUCAUUGUCUGUUUUCUCGCCUCCUGCUGCACUUUGUGCCAAGGCUGUAGUAGGACAAUAGAGGGGGACAUUUUCCUGCUUUUUUCAUGGACUGGACUUGAACGGGAUUCUGCAAUAGCCUUAUAUGGACACAUCCCUAUACCGGAUGUGAACUUUGGUCACAGUGGAAAACAAGGUCUGUUGAGACUGGGAGCAGAGGAUGAGGGGAAGUUUUUGCAUAACUCUCACUGAUAAGAUCACCUCACCCUUAGUCCAGAGAACAGGACGAGUUGCAGCACAGUGCACGUGCACACAGACACCUGGAUUUCUAACAGAUUGACGCAUUUCAGAUAUUCUAGCUGGUGUACACACAUUCAUACAUGCUUUAGGCAUAAACCUUUGCACCUGUUGCUGGCCUCGUAGUCAUGGUGAGCUCACAGCAGGCAAGAUUUGGAUAACUUUGGACUAGUUAUAAUUUAUUUGCUAAGAACAAAUGUGGAAUACUUUAUUCUGUAUCCAUGCAUGAAUGGAUACAUUUGAGUUGGAGUACAGGUUUUCCUUUAUAUUUAAGUAAUUCAGUCAUACACUGUGGAAAAGGAAAAAUCAUCUUGUUUUCUCUUUAAAUACUAAUAAUGCAGUAUCACUUGUGCUCUGUAGGGCGUGUUACUCCAUUCAGUUAGCUUCACAUUUUAACUGUCAACUAACUGUCAAAUCUUGUCUUUUUCGGUUUUUGAGUCAUGUUGAUUCUUCGUAAGAGAAACACAUUGGAGUCAAAAGGUCCCAGCAAAGUUUGUGCAUGAGGCUCACGUUUAAUUUAUCAUAUAAAUUAAGACCUCAGUUGACAAUUCUCUGUCGCUGUCUAUUUGUGUAACUGUAAUUAGAAUCAAAACCAAAAACUAAUCUAGCCAGCAUAGAUAAUGAUUGCAGGAAAAAAAAGAAGAAGCGGUCACUGCUUGAGUGGAGCCUUGUUCAAUUUAUUUUUUUCCCCACAUUUUAAGAGGAAAGAAACAUAUUACAGCGCAUGAUCUUGUUUUAAUGAUUGAGUGCUUCCAUGUUCCUCCAACACUAAUCCAAAUGAUUAUUCCUGAUCUCUCUUGCACUGUGCCACUGCAAACAACAUAGAAUAUCAUUAUGGCUUCAGUUUGUUUGUUGAGGCCAGUAUAGUGCUAAAUGUAUUUUUUAUUAAAGAACCUUUUAAUUUGUGUUCUGUCGAUGUUUCCUGGUACCUUAAAUAGAGGAGUUGGUAUCUGUCUUAAGUGCAGACACAAUUAUUGGUACUUAACUUAACUUAAAACUUAUAUAUUAGGAAUUUAAUUCACACAAUGAUUUUGUUUAUGCUGCUUUUAUUCCUUUAAUUCUCAGUGCUGGGUCUCAUUGGUUGUAGGCAGUGCACUAGAUUGCUCAUUACGUCAUACAAUCAUAGGUUUCUUACCCAGUGCUAACUGUUUACUUUUCAAUUGUACACCUGAAGCUCUUACUGUGUUUGUAUGGUUUCUGAUAUAUUUGUUAUUCAUUUGUAUAAUUCUUUUAUAACCAGCUAGGCCUGUUGUGUUUUGUGUCAAAGAGCCUGCUGCGUUUGCAAGAAUGGUAGGAGAUGUAGGCAGAUGCUUUUGUUGAAGCCAGGUGCAAUGUGAGGGGUGGGAAUGCGUGUUUCCAGAAAGUUCGCCGUGUGACUGCAGAGAGUGCUUAUUUUUAUGUUCCCACUUUUGUUCAAUGCAGUGAAGUUGUGCCACACGUUUAAGGCAAGAGUUUGGUUGAGAAUGUGGGAGACAAAAACACACUCCCCUCAGGUCAUUUGUGACCAUGGGUGAGUGAGAGCAGUAGCAUGUUUAACAUGGGGGUUUUAUAGGAAGGUCUUUUGAUUCUGUGGGAAGGAGAUGACAAAUACUGUAUUUGUCGGGGUUGCUUACUGUUCUAGAAAAAGCAGAAUACAGUUUGACUUAACCUAUGCAUUCAGAGUCUAAUAUUUUUAUAUACAGUUGAGUCUUAGGCACUGUUUAUGUUGUGUGUUUUUGUUCUGGAAACCUGUAUCUGUUCUUUGAUAAAGCAUGGUAAACGA